AGAAUGAGAUACAAUUACAGUGGAAUAAAGUCAACAACAGCAAUGAGUACAGUUAUAAGCUGAAAUACAGGAACGAAGAAGUGCCUUCAAUAUCUGGAUCACCUACUGAUUCUACAGUGGAACAUAACGUCAUGUCUCUGAAUGCUGGGACUGAAUACUUCUUUACGCUCUACACUGUGUUUGAAAAUGAAACGAGCAGUGGAUACAACUUCUCCAAUGUAACCAUGCCAUCUAAUGUUGAAAAGGUGACGGCGAAGCUCAAUGACACCGACAUGAUCUUACAAUGGAAUGUUGUACCAAACAUAGACAGCAACACUUACAACUAUACUCUUGAAUACAGAGAUGAAUCGGUGGAUUGCAUUAAUUACAUUGCAGAAAUAAAUGAGGUAACAUGUCAUAUAUCAGAUUUGAUUCCUGGAACAAAUUACAGCUUCACUCUGUACACAAAGUUUGCUGAUCUGAGAAGUACUGGACGCAACAUCUACGAAAUGACGACUCUAUCCGACAUAACUGAAGUUUCAGUCACUCGGUCACAGACGGAUUUGACUAUCUCGUGGAAUAAGUUAAACAAUAAUGACAUCUACAACUACACUUUGAAAAUGCAGGAAGAGGAGAAAAAUUUCACUGGAUCUGUUGAUAAGUUAACACAUACUUACCCAUCUCUCACACCGGGGACUGAACACAGUUUUAGACUCUUCACUGUGGUGAACAAUGUCAUAAGUACAGGAUACAGCUUUAAGAAUGUCACUACUCUUGACUGUGUGUCCUUUAACUGGAUAGUUACCAACUCAUCAAUAGAGGCUCAAGUGAAUGGUUCCACAUAUGUGACAGCUCAAAACAGCACCGGAAAUGGUCAAAGUGGCUCUGUAGAUGGCAACAGGGUGAAUCUGCGAGACCUAUAUCCUGGAGAAAGCUACGCUGUUUCACUGUUUUAUGACUUAGAGUCAGAGAGGCUGCCACAGUGCUCACACCGCUUGACAUUAGUUCCAAAUAGUGUAUCUCACCUCCUCUGUAAAUAUCAUUCUGGAGGGUAUGGUCUGGCUGUAAUUUGGGAUCAUCCAUAUGGAGUUGUGAAUAUGGUGCAGGUAGAUGUUGGCAAGCAAAGGUUUAACCAAUCACAUAGUUCAGAAAAAACAAUAACGUUAGAGGUAAAAGGCCUGCAAGCUGCCCAGUGGUACGAAGUGACAGCAACAUCAUUCUCAGGAGCCAUGAGGAGUCAAACAGUAUCAGUCAACUGCCAAACAGAUCCAGCAGGUGUUAUAGCAGGUGUUCUUGUGUUUUUCCUCUUGGUCAUCAUUAUUUGUGUUGCUGUUUUUGUAUGGCACCGCUAUGGUUCUGCAAAGCAUAAUAAGUAUGAUUUUUAUUUAUUUAUUGACUUGAGUUCAGUGGGUAUAGAACAGUCCAGUGUUGCAGCUCUUCUGCCUGAAAACAAGGACAAAAACCGAUUUUCCAAUGUUUUAGCCUAUGACUCCUCUAGAGUGCAUCUCACCACAAAUGAUGAGGGUGAUUCUGAUUAUAUCAAUGCUAACUACAUGCCUGGCUACGCCAAUGCAAGCAGACAGUAUAUCGCUGCUCAAGGUCCACUGCCAUCCACUGUCAAUGACUUCUGGAGAAUGGUUUGGGAGAAAAGGUCACAGGUCAUCGUCAUGGUAACCAACUGCACUGAGAGUGGAAGGGUCAAGUGUGAGCAAUACUGGCCACUGGACUACACGCCGUGUCUUUAUGGACACCUGCUUGUCUCAGUGAAAUCGGAGGAUAAAUUUCCAAGUUGGACUCUGCGAGAAUUUAAUGUCAAAAAUAAAACCACCUCUGAGACACGAACAGUGAGGCACUUCCACUUCACAGCAUGGCCGGAUCAUGGCGUACCCACUGGCACAGAGGAGCUGAUCCAAUUCAGAGGACGCAUCCGUCAGCACGUAGAGAGCUCUUUCUCUGCAGGGCCAACAAUUGUACACUGCAGUGCCGGAGUGGGCCGGACAGGUACCCUGAUUGCGCUGGAUGUUCUGCUGCAGCAGCUGGACAAAGAGAAGGCAGUGGGAAUUUCAGCAUUUGUCCAGCAAAUGAGACUCAGCCGGCCACUAAUGGUGCAAACUGAGUCUCAGUAUGUGUUCCUGCACCAGUGCAUCAUGGAUACUCUACAGCCCAAAGUUGUGCCCAAGUCAGAGCCUCUCUAUGAAAACUCAGACAUGAUUUAUGUCAACGCAAUAGCAUUAAGAGAAUAUGAAAAAUAAAGUCAAAUAUGAGCAGAAAUAUAAGCCAUAUCAUAUGGUCCAAUGGCCCAUUUUAAAUACACAGCCUUCUAUGAAUAAACACUGAAAGCCUGGAUUAUACGGGUAUUAUAUACACUAAAAUGCUGUUAUUGUUAUUAUUUUAUUUAAACACAGUCUUCUGCUAAUAAGACUGAAAGAUACUGGCCAUGGUAUUUUGAGCCUAAGCUAUAAAGCACUAAAAGUUUACCAUUUAAACUUAACUGCCAGUCUUUAUUUAACUAAAUAGCUGUGUAUAGGCUUGUUUUUAAUGUUAAAUUUUUGCUUGAUAAGCUGUGCUCUCUGAAAGGAAACUUUCCUUUGAGCUGUACUUAGUGCUGCUUAUUUUGCACAUUGCUUUUAAAUGAGAUUUUUGUUGUUGUUGUUGUUAAAAUUGAAGUAAGAGAUGGUCUAUUUAAUAUCAGUUGAAUUCAAUUUGUUUUAGAUUAAUAGAGAAGAAAAGUAUUUUUCCAUUUUUUUUUCUAUUUCGCCAGUGUCAUGUAUUCUCAGCUGCCUGUCGUAUAACAUGCUUUAAAGGAAUAGUUCAUCUAAAGAUGAUAAUUGUGUAAUUAUUUACAUCAGGACUGGGUACCCUGAUUUAAAUCAUUUCA